AUUUUCGGUUUUCAUUUUCACUUCACUACUUGAUUUUGUGUUCAACAAUUUUCUUGUUUCUUGUAACUUUUAAAUAAAGUUACUAUGUUUUUGACUAAUCAAAAAGUUAAUUUUUGUUCUUCUUAAUUGUUCUCCAUCAAAAUUGAUUGGAUUCUGGUUAUAUUUAGUCAACCACGGUAAAGGAUCGUACCUUGUGCAAUAACUUGUUCACCUUUUGUUAAUCAUGUUUCAUGAUGCUUGGUUUAGUUUACCUUUAUACUAUUUACUCCUGGUCAAUCAACUAAUCAGUUCGUUUAAUUUGGACACUCGUCAACCAAACAUUAAAAUUGGACCAAAAGGAUCAUAUUUUGGCUAUUCGGUGGCCGAGCAUUUAAUCGAUUUCGAUUCACCUGUAUUAUUAGUUGGUGCUCCUCGAGCUCAAACAGAUCAACCAGGAACAAAUCGAUCUGGUUACCUUUUCCAAUGUAAAACAUCAAAUUUUAUUGAUGAUUGUACUCCGCUUUCAGUUGAUUAUGAUCGCAGUAACCCACUUCCACCAAGAGAAAAGGAAUUUAAAAAUGACCAAUGGCUAGGAGUUGUUGUCAAAAGUGCCGGACCAGGGGGUCAAGUAAUGACUUGUGCCCAUCGAUACGUUGAACAAGGUAAAGACUACCACUGGAGUCGAGGUAUUUGCUAUUCAUUAACCCACUACCUUGACUAUCACCGUGCAUGGGAACCUUGUGAUAACCGUCCUGUCAAAAAAGCCCACGAAGAGUACGGAUUCUGUCAAGCUGGAACAAGUAUCGACAUUUCAUCUUCAAAUGAUCUGCUCAUUGGUGCUCCCGGACCUUAUACAUGGAGAGGAACCGUUUUCAUCAACGCAAUCAGAUUUGCUCUUCGUGAUGAUAAAACAUGGUACAUGGGACGAGUUCAAGAAAAGGAGUCGCCAGUGGAUAAAUACAGUUACUUAGGAAUGUCUGUUACAUCAGGAAAGUUUUUUGGUGAUAAAAUGAGUUUUGUUGGUGGAGCUCCAAGAUCAAAUGGAACGGGUCAAGUCGUCUUUUUUUCCAAAGAGAAAGGUUCCUUUUUAUCGGUUGACCUGAUACUUAGCGGUGAACAAUUUGCUUCAUCAUUUGGUUAUACACUUCUUACAAUGGAUCUACAAAAUGACAAUAAACCAGAUUUAAUUGUUGGAGCGCCUUUCUAUUAUGAUGGGUCACGUUCUGAAGGAGCUGUUUACCUGUAUUAUAAUACAGGUAAAGGUAUUGAUUCCAAAUAUGAUGUACGUCUUCUUGGUAAACAGGAUUCAAGGUUUGGUUGGGCCUUAGCUGAUCUUGGUGAUAUUAACAAAGAUGGGUUCAACGAUCUAGUUGUUGGUGCACCUUAUGAUGAAGGCGGUGGAGCAAUUUACAUUUAUUUAGGUUCACCUAAUGGCAUUAAAACAAAUGCCAUCCAAGUGAUCAAAGGUGAAGAUAUUAAAGGAUUUGGACAAACUGGUCGCCCAAUACGAACCUUUGGUUAUUCACUUUCAGGCUCCUUUGAUAUGGAUAAAAAUGGUUAUCCUGAUUUACUUGUUGGUGCCUAUGAAAGUGAUGCGGCGAUUCUUCUUCGAGCACGACCAAUAUUGAACAUUGCUACUCGUGUUGACAAUAUAACUCAAAUUGAUGCCAAUCGUGAAGAUUGUCGCGAAGAUCCAAGCUCAAAGCUCCCCUGUUUCGUUAUUGAACCCUGUUUCCAACUCUUAAACUCACCCAAGGGAAAAAGCGUUCUCCAAUUGAGAUAUGUCAUUGAAGCUGAAAGUUUCCUCGAAAAGAAACCAAUUGUUCCUCGAGUCAAGUUUAAUUCAUCUGCUGAAUCAGACAAUCCUCAUAUUGUCAACACAACGAUUCCCAUUUUAAGUGAUCGCGUUGGUCGGUGGAACUGUCAUCGUGAACUUGUCUACAUCAAGGAUAAAUCGGAUAUCCAUCGAUCGAUUCAAUUUCAAUUGACUUACUCAUUGGAACAAGAAGAACCCAAACAACCUCCCGGAAUGUGGUCAAAUUUACCCGAUAUCGAUAGAUACCCAAUUUUGAACCAAGAAGAAGCUCGAAAAGUAUUUCAUGCUUCAUUCCUCAAAGAAUGUCGAAACACUGAGCAAUGCCAAAGCAAUUUAAAUGUUAUUGCUAAACUACAACAUCCAAUGGAUACACCAUAUACACAGGAUAGAAUCUUAUAUUUAGGAUCGACUGAUGUUAAUCUGGAAUUGACUGUUCGUAAUACAAUGGAACCCGCUUAUGAUGCUAAUCUUUACAUUUACCAUCCAUUCAUUACUUACAUUGGGAAAGAUCAAACGGAAGGUGAACAAAUUGAUUGUAAACCUUUCAAUAUAAGUCUUUUGGUUUGUUCAUUGGGUAAUCCAUUCAAACGAGGAGAGGUUAAAUUGAAUCUGAAAUUUGAUCCAAAAGAUAUAACUGAGUCACAGAAUGAUGUUGAUAUAAGAGUCUUUGUGAAUACGUCGAGUGUUGAUUUGAAUCAAGCUAAAAAUGACAUCUCAACAAAGUUAUUGGUUAUCCGUCGAGCUGACUUGGAAAUUAAAGGUUCUUCAGAUCCAGCCGGAGUUUGGUUUGGUGGUGAAGUUGUUGGUGAAGUUGCAAUGAAAACGUCUGAUGACAUCGGAAGUAGAAUUGAACAUUCCUAUACAAUUAUAUCAAAUGGACCUUAUCAUCCAAAGGAAUUAACUGUUGAAAUUGAUUGGCCUUAUUCACUUUCCAGUGACAAAGAAGAGGGAAAAUGGCUUCUCUACUUAAUGAAUACAAUUGUUGUACAGGGUAAAGGUCAAUGUGUACCAACACUUGGUACAGUUAAUCCACUUAAAAUUUGGGAUUCUGAAUCAGUCUCGAUAAAAAGUGACUCUUUUGUUAAAUCAAGACCAAAAAGGCAAACCAUUGUUCCAGCCAAACGUAUAAUGGAAGAUGGUAAAAGUCAAAAUGUAGUUGUUUUAGAUUGUCAAAAAAAGACGGCUCGUUGCUAUAAAUUUUUAUGUUAUCUUCAAGAUCUCCGUCCAGGAGUGCCAUCAGUAAUUGUGUUCAUAGGUAGACUUUGGAAUUCAACUUUUGUUGAAGAUUACGCUUCAGGUGUUAAUCAAGUUCAUAUUUAUUCACGAGCAAGGUUAGCAAUUGGACCUUCAAUCAGGCAAAAUCGGACAAAUGAUGAUAGUACCUUUGCAAUAACUAAAGCUUAUCCAGAUUUACCUUUACUGCCACCACCGAGGGUUCCUCUUUGGAUCAUAAUUAUGUCUAUACUUUUAGGAAUAUUGUUACUUAUUUUGUUAAUCAUUGUCUUAUGGAGAUGUGGAUUCUUCAUCAGACGAAAACCUGGUUAUUUGGCUGCCCCGGUGGAAGAUAAAGAUUUUGACGAUUAUAAUUAACUCAAUUUUUAACAAAUGUCUCUCAGUCCUUCGCUUUUGCUAUCUAAAACUUAAUCAAAUUUUUAAGUUAACUUUUUUGCAAUUCUAAUAUAGCUUUUUAUUUUUCUAUUUGACUAUCAAAUUUUAUCAAUAAAUAAAUAACUUUAUUCG